AUGCGCAGCAGCAAGGAGGAGAACCCAGCUGCAGCAGCAGCAGCAGCCGCAGCAGGCAGCUUGCCCCCAGCCCCAGCUGGGUGUCGCUGGAUGACGGAGGGGCCCGAUGGGGAACUUAUAGAUCUGCAGCAGCAGCAGCAGCAGCAGCAGCAGCAAAUGCAGGAGCUGCCGGACGAUGUCUCGUCUGACGAUGAUGCAGAAGCAGCAGCAGCAGCAGCAGCAGCAGCAGAUAGUGAAAGUCCCCAUAAGGAGCUGCUUCUGCACCCGCAGCUGCUGGAGAGCCGCAAGCGGUGGCUGCUGGCUUCUUGCGAAGCAGCAGGAGACACCGUCUGCGCCAUUGCUGCCAACACGCAGCAGCAGCAGCAGCAGCAGCAGGAGCAGCAGCAGCAGCAGCAAAAGCUGCAGGCGCCGCCUUUUCUGGCAGUGGGGGCGUCGGAUGAUAUGUGUCGGCUGUACGACUUGUCUGUUCUCGCCCCACCGCCUCCAGCAGCAGCAGCAGCAGCAGCAGCCGCAGCAGCAGCAGCAGCAGAGCCGGAGGAGCAGCACCUUGCUGCUGCAGUGACGCUGCGGGAAGCAGGAGACUCUGUGUCUUGUGUCUCCUUUUCUGCGGACGGUUUGCUGCUGGCCUGCGGCUCCUUCGACGGCAGCGUGCGCGUCUACAGCACCCCCGCAGCAGCAGCAGCAGCAGCAGCAGCAGCGGGGAAGGGGGCCCUGCUGCAGGAGCUGAGGGGCCCCUGCGAAGGAAUUGCUGCUGUUGCUUUUCACCCCAAAGGCUACGCGCUGCUGGCAGCUUCUGAAGACAGAACAGCUUGGGUGUGGCUGCUGCCUCCUUCCUGGGGCACUGCAGCAGCAGCAGCAGCAGCAGCAGCAGGGGGUGCAGCAGCAGCAGCAGCGGGGGGCCCGCCGGCGGGGGUGAAGCCGGCAGUGACGCUGGCGGUGUUUGCUGCUCCUGCGCCUUUGACUUGCUGCUGCUUCAGCAGCAGCAGCAGCAACUGCGUGGUGGCUGGGGUUUCGGGGACUGUCUCCGUGUUUGCUGCUAAGGACGGCGCUGCUGCUGCUGCUUUCCAGCACCCAGCAGCAGCAGCACAGCCGCAGGGCCCCGCCCCCCGCAGCAGCAGCAGCAGCAGCAGCAGCGGGGAAGGGGGCCCUGCUGCAGGAGCUGAGGGGCCCCUGCGAAGGAAUUGCUGCUGUUGCUUUUCACCCCAAAGGCUACGCGCUGCUGGCAGCUUCUGA